GUUGAUCAUUCUCCAUCACUGGCUACUAUUGUCACUGUCAACGGUCACUCCCGCUUAUCACUAAUUGAAUCAUAAUUUUAAAUCUAGCAAAUUAUUUUUAGAAGGGUUGAAGUGGAGAUGAAAAGGUUGUAAAGGGAGUGAAAACUGCACAAAUGAGUAUGAAAAGCCACGGAUGGUUAUAAGUGUGAACUCAUUCAAUGGAUUCUCGAAAUCCCAAAUCACCUCCCUUUGUGCGUAGAGAAGUUGAACAUGGAUAAGGUGCUCGCGGUUGACGAAAGCGCCAACCCCUUCCGUGCGCCGCCGGCCGUGCGCCCCUUGCGGGCGGCGGACGUCAACACAGAGUCAUCGCACUCUAUGAUGAUGAGCCGUAGCCCCUCUGAGUGUGCCUUCCAGCGCUUCCUUCAGGAGGCCUCCGUUUCCGUUGACUACAAUUCGCCCGCCCCUGCCGGGUCUUCUGCCGCCGCCGCAGCUGCGGCUUCUCGCUGGAUUCAGCCGCGUCAAAUGGACGGCGUCGAGAUCGCGGAUCAGAAUCUUAGAACUGAUCGGAAUAUGAAAUUCGGUCACCAGAGCUCCGUCCCGGAGCCCGCUACUGAUAGCGCGGUAGCUGCGUCGCUGGGUGCCGGAGCUGCUCCUAAUGUUCCCGUUGAUUCCGAGGAGUAUCAGGCUUUCCUCAAAACGCGCCUUUAUCUCGCCUGCGCCGCCGUAGCGUUCUCACGUGGAAAUUCUGCUGAGCCAGAGAAGGAUUCAGCUAAGGUCCUGCCGGAAAAAGGAUUCGAGUCCACUAUUUCAAAUCCUGAAUCUGUAGUUCAUUCUAAAGGAUCUCGGAAUGGCUUACCCAAUGGGCAAGAGAAGAAUGUUGGGUGGCAUGUUGGAACACCUACAUUACCUACAGUGCCUGUGAAAUCUAGUGCUCGGGUACGGUCAACAAGUGGCUCAGAACAAUCUGAUGAUGACGAAGCUGAUGGAGAAGCAGAAACAACUCACCAAAUGGAUGCAACAGAAGUGAAACGUGCAAGGAGAAUGCUAUCCAAUAGAGAAUCAGCUAGACGUUCUAGAAGAAGAAAACAGGUCCAUCAGACAGAAUUGGAGACACAGGUUUCUCAAUUGAGACUCGAAAACUCCUCUCUGUUGAAGCGUUUGGCUGACAUAAGCCAAAAGCAUAAUGAUGCAGCAGUUGAUAAUCGAAUCUUGAAAGCAGAUGUCGAGACACUAAGAGCAAAGGUGAAGAUGGCGGAGGAAACAGUUAAAAGGGUAACUGGGAUCAAUCCCUUACUCCAAGCAAUGUCCGAAAUAUCCAUUAUGAGCCUCCCCUCCUUCACCGAUAGCACUUCGGAUCUCUCGGCCGAUGCUGCUACGACUGUACAUAUGCAAGGUGACGCCGAUCAUCACUACUACCAAUCCCUCUCCCGUGUCCCCUCUCAUGGCUCUCCCAUCCCAAACGGCUUGCUGAACAUCUCUCCUAUCGAGCAGCGGCAGGGCCCCACAAUGCAGCGCGGAGAUGCAGGAGGCCCGCGGGGAACUCAUUGCAGGGGAACUAAUGAUGUGCAGAAAUGAGGUCUGAUAAUUUAAUCUCAUAGCUAAUUGCAAACACUGUAAAAUAAUGUCUGUGUCUCAAGCAUUUUAUUGUCAAGUGAAUGCCAUGAUGAACUAAAUCUUCGCAUGUCCACACUUUUUUUUAUUUUCCUGAUAAUUUUUUUCACCACGUUGAAAGUAAAGGCCUGCAUCAUGG